AUGGAGAAACACCACUCCUACGUGUUCGAACAUGCGCUAACCGCCCUCACAACCCUCUACACCCCCCAACACGACAUCGACACGCUUGAAAACCAUGGCAUUUGGCGUACUCGUACCGUAAAGGUACAACCUUGCGACCUGACUAACGACGUCCACCCUCUUCUAGCCUACAGCGCGUUUGCGGAUACACCUCAGGACCUAUACGGUUCUUGCUUGCCUGCUCUCCGCCUGGCUUCCCUCUUCCUAACCGAGCCAGCAUACCGGGGGUGGUGGGUCAAGGCCGCAUACGGGCAUUCGACGUUGUCCGGGUCCGGCCAGACGGUAUUGAAACUACCCGACCUCGUCGACUUGGCUAGUCUCUCUCGAUCAACGGAACGCACAUUGACUGAUCUAGCACAAUACCUCCGGAUAUACUGGACGCCCACCGGCAAAGUUGUUCCCUACAUGGGUGCCUGCGAGAUGGACCGCGAUUUUCGCACGCCUGGCGAGAGAGAGUAUCCUUUUGUACAAAACUCCAACGUCUGCAUAAAGCUGUUGAACGAUUUCAGAGAAUCCCUGGAAAGAGAGAUGAGCGUAGAGUAUACACUACGCCUGCACUUUCGCCUGGCAGUCACCCUGGUCCACGAACUCGCGCACGCGCUCGUCUUCAUGCGCUUCUCUGAAGCCGCUGGUGGUAUUUUGCACUCAGAGACGGAUUUUGUGUGCGAGGAUGGCUACAGCUGGGAGGUGUUUGCCUUCGGAGGCCUCAUUACCUGCUGUUCUGGCGGCUACGGUAUGGAUUGCACACCUAUGGUCUUUGAGAGGUGGAGCUUUGAGCUCGCCAUUUACAUGGAAGAUGCUAUACUUAACGCCACGGCUUCUCUCGAAUCCGGUCCCUAG